UCGACCACGUUCAUUCCGAUCUCUCACGCGUUUUUAAACAAAAAAAAAAACAUAUCAUGCAGAAACUUAAUGAAUACUUAUGUACUUACAAGGGAUACGUUUUCGCAAAUGGAGUAACUACUUCAGAAUACAUAGACUCUCUUCAAAACUUUGAAAUUCGGGACGCGGACGUUUUUUUAGUGACAUACCCCAAAUCAGGUACAAUAUGGACGCAACAAAUCAUAACACUAAUCUGUGAAUCAGACUGUGAAAAAGGAACGUAUCCUAACAACCUGGAGAGAAUGCCCUGGCUGGAAUACACCGAAGGUCGACCAGAUUACUCACUCCGGCCUUCCCCUCGCCUCUUCGCCUCUCACCUCACUCCUGCGCUUAUGCCCCCUGGACUUAAGGACAAGAAAGCUAAAAUAGUGUAUGUGAUGAGGAACCCAAAGGAUAAUGUGGUAUCUUAUUUUCACUUCUGUCACAUCUGGUCCAAACUGGAGACACCCAAGAGCUUCGAGGCUUUCCUGCAGCAGUACAUAGCUGGACAUGUUGGAGCUGCAUCGUGGUUCGAUCACAUCCGAGAGUGGUACACAAAGAGAGAUCAGUACAAUAUCCUGUUUCUGGCCUAUGAAGACAUGGUUCUGGAUCUGAAGACAGCUGUGGAGAAAAUCUGCCGAUUCCUGGAGCGAGAUCUGAGCGAUGAGCAGAUUGCUCGUGUGGUGGAGAAAGCCACAUUUAAGAACAUGAAGCAGGAUCCCAAAGCUAAUUAUGAAUUUAUCCCUGAGGAUCUGCUGCAGAAACCCCAGUUCAUGAGGAAAGGUGAAAUCGGAGACUGGAAAAACACCUUCACUGUGGCACAGAGUGAGAUGUUUGAUCGAAUCUUCCAGGAGAAGAUGAAGGACAUACCACUGCAGUUUAUCUGGGACAUGGACCGUACCACCCUGUAAAGAGAGGGUCAGCUGUCACUCUCCCGUUGAAAUAUAUAAAAACUAAGCCCUGCUAAACCGAGGCCUGAUUUCAAGCUGUAAAGAGAUGUACAUGUUUACAUUGUCGCUUUUAAGUAUCUAGUGAGAAAUUUGAAUUGUACACACUCUGUUUAAACCAAGUAUUGAUAGAUGUGGCUGAAUCACAUGAUCUCUUAUAUGUAAUGGCCAUAGAAUAUAAGGCAAAUGUUUUAUCAAUUACAGAAUAAAAGUCAUUUGUCCAGAGACAGA